AUGCCUCAGCAGGAAGCCACACCAGCCUGCCAAGCACAAGCGUGCAACCUACAAGACUGUCUAUCAGCCAAUACGUAUACACCUCAGAAGUUUGCAACCUCACUCUGGCCUGAAGCCUCCCUUUAUCAUGCACGCAACACGAUCAGACUCGUUCCUUGCGUGUGCGCCAUCAAGAUAACCUCAAGCCACUCCGACUACACGCCACUCGCCACCAGUCUUGCCCAUAUGAAGCCAUUACGAAUCAACACUGGUUCCCAACCCGAGAAGGUAAUACAGGGUACCGAUGCGGCCUAUAUGAAGGUCGAUUUGACGGAUCUGGGGAAGGAGAUAUGGCUUGCUCGAGUUCCGGCUCCUCAGGCAUACAAAUACGAGCUGCCCGCUAUUUCGAAAUCACAGUCCCUCUCCCCGCUCCUCGCUCUAGCCGAAUUCGCCGACACGACCUUUCAAGAAUCCCCGCAACCCGUCCAAACGUCUUCGUACUGGCUCCAAGAGGAACACAUCUCUAGCCCAGACUCGUCCAGUCUACCAUCACCCUGGGAGAUCCCCAAUCCCUUCGACGAUCUUCACACGCCCGGCGCUAUCCCUCCCUCGCAUUCGGACGACGUCUUCCACUUGGAUACCAGCGCACCUCGUUGGCUGCGCGUUCGCGUAUCAAUGCCUCGCAUCGUACACCGUGAUCUUGACGUUGCUGGUCGCGCCGUGUCAACGAAAGUGCACCAUCCCGCACCUCAAGUCACUCCGAACGUCUUGGAGGUUCCUCCCAAGCCCCCUUUGCCGGCCGUACGCCGCGCCCGCUCGCAACAGCCACUCAGGAACCUCGAACAUCAGCAUGAGAACACCUGCGCCGAACUAUCCUCGCACUCCCAAGCCGGGUUCCUUCCCAUCACGAAAAGCGUCACGACCGACUAUCUCAACGUCUUCAUUCCCGAUCAUGCCAUUGCAUUUUGA